GUCACAGGGUAUUUUCAUUUUUCAAGACGAAUUUCGUGUGCGUGCAUCUGGUAACUACUUCAAACGAAUCCAUUAACAAAUCCUUUCGCUUUUUUCCCGAGGAGCGGGAGCAGGAGAGAUUUUUUGUUCCCUUCUGAGAGCACCAGACACUCUGCACAACUGAUGUUCGCACGGGACCACGAGUGCAAUUGUUAUUGUUGUAGCCGCCUAUGGCUCGUCCUCGCUCUUUUCUUCUUGGUUUUGUUUUGCGCUUCUCGUUUCGUUUUUUUUUUGGGUGUCGGGAAGGAGAAAUAACAGUCAGCAAGACGGGAGAAAGGACGAAGACGGAGUUUCUUUGGUUUCACUCCGGCGUGCUGCGGAAGAUAAACAAUGAUUGACAAUCGGGAGUGAUGGCAUGCAUGUUGUAGGAGGUGAAGCUGGAAUGCAUUUAUGGAGUUGGGGAUUAGAGCACAGAGACCCCAAAGAGACUCCUCAGGUCUCUGAUCACUGCCUUGUUGAGCUCCGACUGACAAUCGUGGACGCGGUGCCACAAUUGCCGACUUUGCAUGCUGUUUGCUCUUCUCUUGAAGAUGGGGCAGCUUCUGCCGCCAACUUCUCGGUCGAGCAGGAAGAGCCGAAAGAUGUAGCUAUGCAUUACACAGAGGAGGGGGCUUUUACUUCCAAGUUGCACAGAUUCAAGUUUGAGAAUGGGAUACCGGUAAAGGAGCAGAAAUGGGUAGGGAAGUACAACAGCGACGUCGAGUCUCGCAUCCGGGAUCAUCCUAUCAUGCGCAAUAACUGGAAGAAGCGGAAGUUAUUUCGUCCAAGUAUCAAAGAUAUUGAAGAUGGUCAUCUCCAAUAUUUGUCUUGCAGAAGCGGAAGUGAUAUUUAGACCAUGCCAAUAUUGCGGGCGCCUCCGUGCGUCGCGCCAAUUGGUUAGAUUAACUAGAAUAAACACCCACUAACUAAGAUGAUUGAUCACGUGUUCUUAUGCUACUAAGGUUCUAACAACAAACAAAAUCGUGACUGUCAGGUUUGCUAGAGGUGCAGUCUUCAGUGCUAUCGAUGUGUCUCCACUUUUGGACAAAUUCAAAAACACAAAAAUCAAAAAUAAAAAAAGCAGGAAGCAGGAACAGGGUGAAUAGUAGUAAUGUUCACGUGAGUAGGGUAGUGUUUAUGUGCUGCGAGAAGAUAGUAGCGGUGAUGAGGCUAGAGAAGUUGCAACUUUGAUUGAGUAGUGUUAAGAGGGGUUAGUGCCCGAGUCAAAGAUAUAUUUGGCAUGGUCUUAGGAGAAUUUCUGCUCCGUAGUAACCUUUACCUUUUUCAAAGUUUUUAUACCUGGUGUAUUAUCUGCUUUUACUUUGUGUUAAAACGGAGUUUCUUCGGUUUCACUCCGGCGUGCGGUGGAAGAUAAACAAUGAUUGACAAUGAAUGUUGAAAAAGUACUAAGUUCUAGUUUUGAUAAGUCCUUGUUUUGUACUUGUGUGUGUAAGAGCCACUCGAAUCAGGGGCGCAAUUCGAGUUCUUGCUAAUAUCUUCAUAAUUUUUGUAUUGUUCUUGUUCUUCGAACCUCCGCGUACGCGUUGUACUUACUGAAGUGCCUAAAAAUCAUGGUGGUCGAACACCUGGAAUUUGCGUCCAACGAGGAGUUAGGGAUCACAAAUAUGUCUGAAUCGGGAAGAUUUCUAGAUUUGUCAUGCAUAUUUUCCAUGAGCCAUGAUGUCUGUGAUGCAUGCCGUAGCAUCGCAGAUUUUUAGACGGCUUUGUGAUACCUCUACCGCAUGAGAAACGCCCUCUCCACGUAGGACAAACCCGACACCUCAUCUUGCUGGUCAUGCAAUACAUUUUUUUUUAGAAUCCACAGACAGCAUCACAAGUUGUCACCCCCCAGACCUAGACAUAUUUGCAUUUGAUAGAAGUUGCAGAAAUUUCUCGACAAGCACAAGAUCGUCAUCCUCGUUUUUUUAUGGAUUGCAAAAGUAUCGUACUCGUAUAAAUGCAUUACAAAUUUCGACUUCCACCUCAGCAUGAGAAAGAGAGUUUGCAAUGCUGAUUUACCUUAGGCAAAAGAUUUGUAAUGCAUGACUGCAAUACGAAUACGUACGAUACUUUUGCAGUGCAUAUUUCUCCGGUGAUUGGUGCGGCCCCUGCCUGCGCAUGGGCCCGGAGUUCGAGAGACACGCGAAGGAGCACGAAAAUGCGAUGUUUGUGAUCCUCGACUGCGACGUAUGCAAUACAAAUUCCCCGUACAUGUACAAGAUGCAUCACAAAUUUCACGAAUUUGGAGCGUAAAACUUGUCAUGCUAAACUAGGAUCGAAGCCAAGUUUUGUCAUGCAGAAACCGCAUUUGUACGCGUACGGGAAAUUUACUGUGGAUACGACACGUGUGCCGUGUGUGCGGAGGAGAACGACAUCGACUGCAUCCCGAUAUGGGGCUCUCAAACGUUACAUUCUCAACUGUUACCUGAAUUUGUAAUGCAAGAACAGCAACAGUGAAAGUGGCAAGAUAAUUGCAGCUUUCGCAUCACAGAUUUUCCAGAGAUUAUCAUGCUGUAUAGCCCUUCGCGAAUUUGUCAUGCUAGAAGCGCCUUGAUCAAGUAGAGGCUGAUGGCAAUUUUGCAUGACAAAUGUAAAUGGUGUAACAGUUGAGAAUGUAACAGUUGAGAGCGCCAUACCCGACCUUCCUCGCGUACAAGCACGGAGAAGAAUUCGACCGGUUCGAGGGGGCGUGCCAGAAGUCGCUGGAAAGGAUGAUCGAAAAGGUGUUUGCUGAUGGAGCAGCAAGUAGUCGUCCUCGGGACGACCACGAUGUCGCUUCGUCAACCGCAACGAAUAUUAAAACCCUGCUGACUUCUUCCACGGAGGACCACAUCAAAGACGAUGCGGUAGAGCACCACGGAAAGCAGGGCAGCACGGGAAAAAAGGACAAAUCGGACGGACAAGAAAGAAAAGGCGCUAUCGGUAACGAGGACCACGGGGCUGCAGUCCGGGGAAGCAAAGACAAGUAGGAUCAGGUGGAACGAGCGCAGGGCGCAUGACGCGCAAGAACGACCGCAUGCCUCCCAGCAGUUCAUAGGAUAACAUCAAGAAUGAGAAAUAAAUCUUUUACAAAUCUAGAAUGAUCUGACGUUUGGUUCUUUCCAGUGAAGGGCAUUAGACCCCUUGAUGGUCGGUAGCUUUUCACCUUUUUUCAUGAUAUUGUCUUUGGUCGUGUGAUUUUAGUUUUACGUGUGUGUAAAGCUUCAAAAAACUUCUACGUCCACAACAACAAAAAAACAACGCGCAUAGUAGCACAAGUUGAGGACCUGACUUGGCCAGUCACAACAGAAGUUGCAUCACCGGAUCUACAUCAUGGUGAGAUAACUUCUUCUUCCAUAUUUUGCAGCUGUUUCAAGGUCGCAAACGCAAAGACAAGAGGAUAUGUCGCAAUAAAGUGGCCCAUUAUGCAGCUGCUCAGUAUUACUGAUCUACAUUUAAUUGCUAGCAAGUUUUGUUUCACGGUUAGCAACUCGACAAAGCUUAUGAACGUAUGAGCAUGCUUGCUAGUUCGUUAUCGUUUCAGUAGUUUCCAUGUGGCUAAGCGUUACAAAUACCUAUUUGUUGCAUCUUCAUCAGGAAUCAAAACUGAUUGAGGUUCUUGUUCUUCAUCUAUUUCUUUUUUCGUAGCUCUUCACCUCCUUCUACUGCUCUUGUGUAAGUAUGUGAGGUUGACAAAAUAAGGUAUCUGUGAACAAUAGUGUAUUUGUUUGGAGGACGAGGAUCCGUGGACCUGUACAAUUUACGAAUUUACUUCAUUAUCUUCAUUUCCUGAUAGAUCACUAUCGAGGACGAGGCGCGCGACGACAAAGAGGAUAAUUCCAUCUUGUACAAAUACGUGAGUGUGAAGUAUCACGUCAUGAUGUUUCUGUUUGAAUUUAGUGCAUGAGAAAAUUACCUUCUCGCCAUCGGGG